CUACAUCACGAUUUUAAAGUUAGAAAGAUUCAUUUGUACAUUACAAAUAUUGAUCGUCAUAAACAGAUAUUUUACUUAUAUGUUUAUAUAAACCGUUAACCUCAAAUCAUUGGUAUAUACAAUGCCCUUGUUUUCGAAUAAAUUCUCUCCUAAGAAAACGCCAACAAGAAAAGUGGGAGUGUUUUUAAUAAAUAAAGAUUUGAGUCCAAAGCGAAUUGAAAAAGAACUUGGACCGAAUGUUGGUCCUAUACGUUUGAAACUGGGUGAUCAUGAAACUGUUUUUGAGUCAGGCUUAUGGAUUCCAGAAUCUGGUAAAAUUGGAGGAACCUACAAGGAAAAUGAAAAAUUAAAGAAAGAAAUGAAAAGAUUGGAAGAAGAAAAUAACUUGUUGAAGCUAAAAUUUGAAGUACUACUCGAUAUGUUGACACAGACAACAGCAGAAUUUCAUAUGCAAAAAGAAGAGCUAGGUAGAUUAAAAAGAAAUUUAGUGUACAAUAAAGGCACUGAAUCUUGAUACAAAUAUAUAUUAAUUCA